AUGACUUCGGUACUAGAUCCCAGCUUGCCCGUGAGGGUUCAGAUGGAGAGACUUGUUAGACAGAAACAACUAGAAAUUACCAAAGGUAUGGAAUCUUUGGAUGAGUCUUCUUUCCAUACAGACGAAUGGCUUAGAGGAGAGUCUGGAGGAGGAGGCCGCUCGAUGGUGUUGCAAGAGGGCAAGACUUUUGAAAAGGCCGGUGUCAACAUCUCGGUGGUUCAUGGAGUCCUGCCACCGCAGGCCAUUGAGAAGAUGAAGGCCGAUCACAAGAACAUUAAGACCGAUGCUGGUGGAAGCGUCAAAUUCUUUGCUUGUGGACUCAGUCUAGUGAUCCAUCCAUGGAACCCACAUGCACCAACCACCCACUUGAACUACCGUUACUUUGAGAUCACCAAUAGCGACGGAUCUCCGCAAACCUGGUGGUUUGGAGGUGGUGCCGACUUAACUCCGGCCUACAUCUACGACGAAGACUGUGUGCAGUUCCACCAAAAGCACAAAGACGCACUGGACCAGUACAAACCUGAUCUUUACCCUAGAUUCAAGAAAUGGUGCGACAAAUACUUUUUUAUUCCGCAUCGUAACGAAACUAGAGGAAUAGGAGGCAUUUUCUUUGACGACUUUGAUGAACUACCGGCCCAAAAAUGCUUAGAGAUGAUUGAGGCAUGUUUCAAUGCAUUUCUUCCAGCUUAUCUGCCUCUGGUUGAACGGAGAAAGGAUACCCCUUACACAGAUCAACAAAAACAGUGGCAGCAAGUUAGACGUGGAAGAUACGUUGAAUUCAACCUUGUUUACGACCGGGGCACGAAGUUCGGCUUGCAGACACCAGGAUCACGUAUAGAAUCGAUCUUGAUGAGUUUGCCAAUGACCGCAAGUUGGCUUUACGAUCAUAAGGCUCCUGGACCCGAAGAGCAACGGCUACUUGACGUGGUGAAGACGCCGGUUGAUUGGAUCGAGCUCUAG